AUGAGAUUGAGGGAGUAAAAUAUUUGGAAUUAUUCUAAAUUUGAAAUUAAUUUCCAAAAUUCUAAUUUUUAAAUGAUGAGAGUAAUUUAAAUAUUGUUUGGAGUUACGUAGUGCUCCGUAAUUAAAAUCCUAAACCCUAGGCAAUGACCCAAUGUAAUCCGGAGUAUAUAUUCGAUAUAAUCACUCAGGCGUACAAGUCCUACUACCCAGGCGGUCAAUUCCUACUAUGGUUUAAGCUGGUUUAGCUCUAUCAAAGCAAUGAUUUCAACCAGAAUUGUAUUCAAGUUUCUUUAUUAUCUACAGUACAGGACAUGGAGAAUUGCAAAUUUCCAAGGGAGCUGCUGAUUGAGAUAUUGGUGAAAUUGCCGGUAAAAUCUCUUAUGCGAUUUAAGUGUGUGUGCAAAUAUUUGUAUGAUUUGAUAAAGAAGGAUCAUCAUUUGAUGCACAAAUUCUAUGAAAUUAACAGAGAAAAAUACGAUUAUGCUGUUAUAGAGGUCGAAACUGCAGCAAGAGAAUGCACUAACAAACUUUUCGGUUUGCUCAACAAAGAUUCGAAGUGUGAUGAGAUUAUAUUCACAUGCUUAGACAUACCUGGUUCAGUUACAAGAUAUGUGAGUUGUUGUGACGGGAUGCUAUGUUUGAUUCUGGGCAAGGAUGAUUUUGAUAUUUGUUCUUUAAAUUGUUAUUCUGGAGAUAUGAAUUUCAAUGUUUUGAUAUGGAACCCAUUCAUCAGGGAGAUAAAUGCCUUACCGUCUGUUGUCGUUCCCGACAACCCUCCCGCCCAUGUAGCUGUCACCUAUUUGCUGUUUGAGGCAUUUGGAUUUGGGGUUUCAAACAGCAAGGAAUGGAAGGUCGUCAUGUUGUGGUAUUUUGAUUAUGAUCCCAAGGAUAUAGACUUCACUUAUGAAAUUGUAAUGGUUUGCAGCCAAGAUGCAGGGGAUGGUUCAUGGAGGUGGAGAAAGAUUGAUGCUCUUCCAAAUGUGCCUGCGAAAUCUCGUGAAGAUUUUUAUCUCAGGGGAAAAUACUAUUGGCGGGUAGACUUAGAAUGGUGUUGGAAUUUAUCCUUCUCGGAAGAGCAUUUGCUGUGGUUCGACUUGGACAAUGAGGUUUUUGGGAUGAUCCAGUUGCCAACCAUACGUGGUCGUUUGUCAUGUACCGUCAUGAACGAGACUAUUGCUCUUGUUAGGCGCUGCUAUCAAAGGAAUCCAUUGGAUCACAUUGAGAUAUGGUUAAUGAGUGAAACCAGUGGUGACAUUGAAUGGCAUAAACAGUGGAGCAUCGAUUGUGGUGCAAGCAUACUCCAGCACGAGUCAUUGUAUCCGCCAACGGAAUAUCUAACUUGGGAUGAAGAUUGGAAUCCAAUAGGAAUUUGGAAUCAGGGUGGCCAUUUUUAUCUGUUGGCAUUUCCUUUUAUUAGGAAGUUUGACAAUACUGGUUUCGGCAGACAUCGUUGGUUUUCAUGUGAAGACAACUAUAAACCAUAUCUUGUUUCAGUCGAUUUGGAAACGCAAGAAAUGAAGCUCAUUUAUUUAACUCAAGAAAGCAAAUGUGUUAAAAUUGUUGCAAAUUCAUCAGGAAGGUAUGUUCAAGUUUUCUCCGAGAGCACUGCUGAAGCAACCCAAUUAUGGACGCGUUCCUUGUCAAAAUGCGAAGCAUGUGCUCGAAUUUACAACCCAAGUCUACAGAUGCUAUAGAUAAUGACAUUGGUGAUUGUUAUUUAGUUUUACUAACGUUUCUUACUUUCUUUUCACUUUCUCUUGAACCGGUUGAGAGCUACGAAGUACGUAGUAUUAUUUUGCUUUAUUAUGAUAAAUAAAGGCUUCAUUUUAGUGCAA